AAGUCUUACUCUUCAGUCGAGAAGAGGAUUUUCCGGAUAAUGAUAUGUAAUCCUCUACCCAAAGGCCAAUUCCAUGUCCUGGAUGACUUGUGCCGUUAUCUGGACAACGGCUGACACCAUCCGUCCCUGUCAGCAUUCAUUCAUCCACCGAGCUCGGGCCAAACCCCCACCACAAUCAUCUGCCGACGUCGAUCCAUCUCCCCCAAAACACCUCACCGGCUGCCGCAAGACCAGGCCUUUCUAUCGAUCCGAGUGAGACAGUCGGCCGAAGUGCCACUCCACGAACGAUGACCGAGUUUGACUUCCACGACGGACCCGAACCGAAGCGGAGGAAAGUCCGGAAGGGCACGCAGAGCUGCUGGGAGUGCAAGCGGCGGAAAGUUCGCUGCAUCUUCGCCUCAUCCGAGGUUACCAUUUGCAACAACUGUCGGCGACGGGGGACGGUAUGCAUCGGCCAGGAGCAGGAUAGUCCUGAGCCCAGCGGCGGCAGCCAGGUCGAAGUCCGGCUCAGCCGAGUGGAGAGGCUGCUCGAGCACAAAUACGAGGGAGUGGCCAGGGACCUGGUCGCAGCAUGGCCCAGCCAGGCAGAGCUCGACAUCAUCUUCGCCCUCCCUGCUGGACUAUCCACGUACAUGCACUGUGGGAUAUUCGUGCCCCACACAACCAUCCCGGGUAGUGGCCCGCCAUCACCGCAGGAGAUGCUUCAACUCCCCCCACCAGGUUCCCAUCCGGUACUCAUCGCACGGCAGCUUCUGAUACUCGGAACAUUCCUCCAAAGUGUGCCUCCCCCUAUAGUCGAAAGCCUAGGCGAAUUCAGUUCCUCCUACCGCGAUAUCAUGUCCCGAGUCUUGGACCGGGCCGUCCGGCUCGUGAAUGCCAACGAAGACCUCAACGGGUCCGUCGAGGGCAUCGAGUGCAUCAUGAUAGAAGCGACGUACCAGAACUACGCGGGGAAUCUGCACCGAGCAUGGAUGGCCGUGCGACGGGCGGCGUCCGUCGCGCAGAUGAUGGCGCUCCACCGCGGCCUCAGUUCCCCAUCCCUCAAGUUCCUCACGCCGCAAACCCGAGCAUCAUUCGACCCAGACAACAUCUGUCUUCGCCUAGCCGAAAUGGACCGCUACCUCUCCCUCAUGCUCGGCCUCCCGCCCGCAUCCAUCGACAACCGCUUCGCAGCCCCCAAAGCCCUCGAAGCCUGCCAACCAUUCGACCGCAUGCAACGCAUCCACUGCGUCCUCUCCGGACGAAUCCUGCAACGCACAGAUUGCGACCUCACCAACCUGUCCCUAACCUCCGAAAUCGACCGACUACUACAGAAGAACGCCGCCGAAAUGCCGCCGCAGUGGUGGCUUAUCCCGCAAUUCCGGCCAGACAACACCAAAGAGCAGAAUCUCGACGACACGGCCCGUCUAAUGCAACAAUUCUCCCACUUUUAUCUCCUCAUCAGGUUACACCUACCCUACAUGCCGUGUCCCUCGACCGACCGCCGCUACGACGCCAGCAAGACCACCGCCGUGACAGGCAGCCGAGAGAUCCUCGCCCGGUACGUCGUGUUCCGCGCCUCCAACCCGGGCCACUUCUACUGCCGCGGAUCGGAUUUCCUCGCCUUCGUAGCCACAACCGUGAUGUGUCUCGCGCAUAUCGACUCGCAUAGUCAGCGCCAGGCUGGUACGAGAUUCAAUCCCUUGUUUCACUCCCGUCCGAGUGAUCGCGGGAUGAUGGAACGCACACUUGAAAUCCUGCAGUCGAUGACCCGCGCAGGCACGGACGAGAUCGCCUGUCGAUUGGCUCCUCUUAUUCGGCAGUUACUUGCUAUCGAGGCGAAUGCCGCCAGUGGCACGAUCUAUAGCACGAAUUCGUCAGCCGCUGACGAGGGAACAAUCGGUUGUGGCGGGAAACUAACUAACGGCGGGCAGGGGCUGAAUAUCCAUAUCCCGUAUUUUGGAACCAUCACGUUCGAACAUGGCAUUAUGACCAACGACAUGCAAUAUCCCCCCAUGGACCUUCCAGGUCCAGAGGACUGGGACAUGCAGGGCGUGGACUUAGCCCUCUUUGAUAGUCUUUUCCGCGGGACUGCGAUUCCCGAUGCAGAUGAAGAGCAGCCGUGGGCGACGUGACUGACUGGAACAGGCUGCCAAUUCUGUUUGUUAUUAGGGGAUAGGCUGUGAGGUGGACCGACAGCGAACCAUCUCCUCGACCAGCAAUCCCAAUACCAGCGAGGCGGGCGAGGGCCGGCGCUAAGCCCAACGCAGUUGGGGGGUCCCGCAACAGAGUGGGGAUUGAGGGAAUGAGG